ACUUCACAAAUAAGAAGCGACAACGCACCCAAUAGAAGCGUUUGCUUUUAAUUUAUCGUGGAGUCGACUCAUGCGCUCAGUCAACCCACGAUCUUUGUCGCGACCACUACGCACAACGUCUACGCCACACGUUCCUAAGGCUUCCGCCAUAUUUAAACCCAACAAGUCCUUCUAAAAUGCAUCAAAAUGGUGAUAUUCAAACUUGAAAAUUGUCGCCGGGAUACUAAAGUGACGGAAAUAUUCGCGCUUUUCGUUGAACCUAAUCAUCCGAAGAGGUUUUUCAAGUACAGUUGACCAAUAACUCGUAAGUUCCGGGAUUUUCGGUUUGCGUUCUGGAACCCCGUGGACUACCGACAAGCCGGCUAGGUUAAGUGGGCCGCGAUAGUGUUUUGUUUUUUAUUGGUUAUUCAAAUCUCGAAUUUUGGAAUGUGCUUUUAAAAAUGACUAUGGAUUUUUGAUUUAAACAAAAAAGUUUUUAUUGGUUUCGCGCGUUAAAAUUGUUUGACAUUAACUUUUUAAAAAUGGAGAAGCAGGCUGGUAACAAGUAUAAGCGGAUCCACUCCUACGGGAGCAUGAGUUCGAGGAGUGAUGACGACAUGAUCGUGCACAGUCAGCUGUUUCCUUACCACAAGAAAAUGGUGGUUGAGAGAGAAAUUUUGUAUGAGGAGGAACAUCCCCCUUUCCAGCCUUUGAUAGCAACGAGCAGGUUGUUUGGGAAAGCGAGGUUCACUUUUCUGCUGUUGUUCUACGUGGUCUUCUACAUGGUCUACUUGGCGUCAGGGGCUCUGGUCUUCUCAGCUUUGGAAGCGCCGAUGGAGAAUCAGAUACGACUCGAAGUUAUAAGGGCUAAGCAAGACUUCAUGGCGCGCUAUCCAGAUAUUUUGGACGAUGAUCUGGAACUCCUUUUGGAUGAAGUGGUCAGGGCGUCGAACCGCGGCGUGUCAGCGUCUAGGAAUGUCACUGGAGGACCCAACUGGAGCUUCGGACAGUCACUGUUCUUCUCAUCCACUGUUGUCACCACCAUCGGAUACGGCCACGUAACCCCGCUCUCGAAGCCAGGCAAACUGUUCUGCAUGAUGUACGCUCUCCUUGGGAUCCCACUGACGCUGGUGCUGCUCUCAGCUCUGGUGGAACGCCUGUUGCUGCCAGCUACUGCACUGCUUCGCUCUCUAAACGCAGCCCUGGGCCAUCUGUACCGCCCCUUCACUAUACGAUUGGUGCAUCUUAUGAUGAUAGUGACAACCCUAGUGCUGUUCUUCCUAGUGGUGCCAGCUUGCGUGUUCGCGUACUUGGAGCCCGACUGGGACUUCCUCGACUCUUUCUACUACUGCUUCAUUUCCCUCACCACCAUCGGACUGGGUGACUACAUCCCCGGAGACUCCCCCGGACAACCCUACCGACCGCUCUACAAAGUUGCUACCACUUUCUACCUCCUCAUCGGCUUGACAUUCCUGAUGUUGACAUUGACCGUCUUCUACGACAUUCCUCAACUGAACUUGAGCACGGUAUUCUCAUCGGUGAAGCUUGACGACGACCCAGAGAAGAUGCGACUUAGCGGCUCAGGGGUCAUGGGACCUGGCUAUGGUAUUGGUGGACUAGUCAUGCGGGAUGAUUAUAAUCAUCACGACCAGCGCCGCUCUGUGGUACACAUCAGGCCGCAUUUGGACGAUAGCCCGAGUCCCGAGGACACUACGCCCGUGCAUGCUCGCGACAUUCGUGUACACUAAACCGCUUUCUCUGACCUCGGUCGUGAUUCCGUUGGCUAGUUGGUGCUGUUGGAUGGAGCAAUGUGGAACGAAAAUGGAUGUUUGUUUGUCUCUCUCGGUCUUUCGAUUUGGAGUCCCAUGCGCUCCAAAAUUAUUGUGAAGCUCUCAAAAAUAUAAGUAUUUAAUUGAAAAUUGAAUGUUUGAAGCGCAUGGGACGUUAGAAAGUUAAAAAAGUUCCAAAAUUGAUAUCUUUCUGAUUCAGAAAGAGUUCAUGUUCUACAUUGUGAAAUGAUCCGAAAAAUAGCAGCCAACGUUACAAAUCGACGUUUGCUCAUGUAAAAAUUUCCUUGAAAAUGGAAUGAAAAUAAAAAAAAAAGAUGAACAGGCGCGGUAAAAUUAUAAAUUAGUUAACAUUACUGUAAUAUUUAGUUUAUAAGUUAAUUCCCUAAUGUUUAGUAUUAAGUUAAUGUCAAAUAUUCCGAUGUGUGUAUCUAUUAUUUUCUUUUUCGAUCCCUUUGUCGACUACCGUCCUAAAUAUGUGUGAAAUGUGUAUUCUAAGUUGGAGUCUUUAAAAGAGAAUGUUUCAUAAAGUCUGCUGGUAAAAGCUGCGAUAAUAAGACUGAGAGGUUUUUCAAAUUUUCAAACUUUUCUAAUUCAUUUUUAAGAGGUUUGUACUUGCCGAAUUGCGUACCUUGCGAACUAUAACAUAACAAUGACGAAAACAAUGUAGUAUCUAAACAGACUGACUAACAACAUGUCCUUCUAUAUGUAUACGUUUUACAUUCCUAAAUUGUAAGGACUUUUCUAAAGUUAUAUCCAUGAUAUCCAUUUCCAAAUCAAAUCGAGGGCAUAUCAGUAACGGUCACAAUUCAAACAACUAAUACUUGCCAUAUCAAAAAAAAUCUAGACUUUAUAUAACGUAAACAUUCUUUACUUUGAGUUUUACAAAGAAAGAUGGAAAAAAUCGUGAAUUAUCUCUAUUACCUAUCAAGUCUUUAAAAAAGAAUUAUAACGCAAAUAUGUCUCUACAUAGGCUAUACAUAUUAUGCUACAAAAAUCAUAAAAAUAUGCAUAGAUAUAUUAUAAAAAAAAUUACGUAUCAAUUAUGUGUGAUAGAUGACCAAUAACGUAGAUUCAUUGGAUUUUUAAAAAUAUUUAUAUAUCUAUAGAUAUAAAAAAAAAUCCAAUCUAUUAUAUUAACUUUCAACAUAAAAUGUUUUCAUAAAGAUAAAUUAUAUUAUUAGGGUGGUAGUGCAUAAAUUAAAAUUAUAAUAAUCAAAAUUUAAAAAUCGUUUAUAGUUGUGUAUAUAGUUUAGUAAAUACUGUUGCAAAGAAAAAAGUUUACAUAGAUUUUGGUAGUCCACACUUUUUUACUUUUUUAAACUUCACAUAGAACUGUGUGGCUGUGACUUUUUAAAACUUAAAUAAUUGGAUUAUUUUGCUGUUUAUCAAACCUUACUUUUCAAUAUUAUUUUAAUUUUAUCAUUCUGAAUCGAAAUGCAAUCAAUGACAAUAUAAUCAAACUUAUGAUAUGAAAGUAUAUAAAUAUAUUUCUCACCCACAUUUAUCUAGUUAUAAAAUUGUACUAAAAUUAUUUUGCUACUGAAUAGGAUAUUUUUUCAGAUCUACGUUUAUUUCUCCCUUGUACGAAAUAAUAAAUUCUCUUAUUGUUUAAAAGUUUAUUUACAGGGAGCAUCGAGCACUACAUCACUUAGAGAAUAUAAAUUAUUAUAUUAUAAAAAAAACCAUGAAACAGAAUGUAUUGAAUGUUAGAAAUAAUAAAUAAAAUAUACUUACUACUAAGUGUAAAACUAAGCAUGUAAACGUAUUCUAUGUUCGUACAUCUCCAUAACCAUUGUAUCAGUUUUCAUAGAAAAUAGAUCGUAGUGCGUAGAAAAUAAAACACAAAAUGCCUUGAAUAGAUAACCGCAUUAUAGAACAAAACUGUAUCAAGAGUAAUUCGUAAAUAAAUCAGCUUGAAAAAGUAA